AUGGGCCUACGUGAGGAUGAAUAUACGAACCAGCUGUUUGCAUGGACCCUGCUCAACGGGAAUGAGGUCAAGAUUCCGCAGCCUUAUCGCUUCAUGAAGGCUCUUGGACACGACGGGGUUCCAUCCGGAUACUUGAUAAUGGAACAUGUUCCUGGUGAAUGCCUUGACUCCAUGGGAACUGCGACGAUGCUCGAGCUUGUCGACAAAGUCGCACGAGCCGUUUUCCUUCUCUACUCAAAGUCAUUGUCAAUUGCAGACAAUUUGACUCGACCAGGCCCUUUAUCCGGCAAUCUUGCCGAGGGUUUCCCAUGGGGUGACAACACCGCAGACACGACAUUUUCCACAGUCGAUGAUCUCGAACAAGCACUCAACAGAAGGCUACGUCGUUGCCCGAGGUCUUUGAAAAGAAAGUGGAAAGACCAUCAGCUGCGGCUUACAGCGGGACUGUACCCUCCAAUAUUUGAGGCCGCAAGUCUUUCAAACCUGCAAGGAACAGGACCCGAUCAUGAGUCUGAGUACUUUGAAAAACUGAGGAGACGGCUCAACGUUUGGAUCCCAGAUGAUGACUUUGCGGUUGAAAAGGUGAAUAUUGUUCAAUCAAUCAGCACCUGCUAUGCGUUGGCGAAGCUGACAUUGACAGCUGAACACUGCAUGCCGCCGUUGGGCGCUCCCGCGCGCCACGAAUCUUCGUCGGAUGCAGAUGACUCUGAUGCGUCCGACGCUUCCUGGGCGUCCGGCUCUCCGGACAUGUCGAUCACAGCAGCUAUGAGCAAGGCGACAAUGGUCUGUGGGUAG